AUGCCAAUGCCUAAACUUUAUCUGGAUGAUUUAUUCGAAACUCUCGACUCCGUUCUCGUAUCUGCAUGUCGUUUGUUCCAAUUGUGUGAUGAAGAGAUUGAAAAGACAUUCAUGCAAUAUCUGUUAUU